AGCCGGCCUGUCCAGAAAUUCCUCCAUCCAGCAAAAAAUGGAUGGCAUAAUACUGCAAGUUCUCCAUGUUCUUUUCUUAACUUUCCCUGUAAUAGUCCACUCCAAGAAUUCAUGUCCAACUUCCUCCUGUGGAAGUAAUUUUCUUCAGAUUAAGUACCCUUUCAAACUACAAAGUGAUCAGCCACCAAAAAAUUGUCAAGAUUAUAUUGACCUGAGAUGCAAUGGUCAGGGCCAAGCCACAAUACAUAUUCCUUCUUCUGGAGAUUUUUAUGUAACUUAUGUCAACUACUACAGACAAACAAUCGCACUCUCUGAUCCUGGAAAUUGCCUCCCGGGAAGGCUUAUGACAAACUAUUCAUUGUACCCUUUGGAGGCCAUCCGCUAUGAAAACUACACGUACUAUACAUGUCCUAGGAGGCUUGUUAUGUAUCAAUUCAGUGAGAUUCAUUGCCUAAGCAAUUCCACAAAUGCUACUAUAGCCACAAGUGUAUUUUCAGCUGGAUAUAUGCAAGCAAUAUAUGGGUGCAAGCCAAUUUUUAGCUCAAUGAUCCCAGUUUCAAUGACUGAAGAUGAUUAUCGAGGGAUUCCUGGUUACCUUGAGCUGACAUGGAACGUCUCAGGUUGCAAAGGUUGUGAAGAGGAUGGUGAAAAUUCAGAAAGAAAUUCAGUACUUAUCUUGUUCAAUAGUAUCAUCCUUGAGAUAACAGAAUUUACAGGUGAUUCUAGGAGUAAAUGGACCAAGUUUUUUGGAUCCUCUCUCUUCAUUCCAUCAGUUGUUAUACUAGUAACUUUCUUCAGUAUAGCCUGUUUUCUGCGCUUGACGAAACUCAUGGUAGGCCGCGCCAACACUAAUAACCCUGAAACAGACUCCGCCAGCACGACACAAUUAUCAUCCAUAAGUACCACCACACCACCGCCACAGACCAGCAGAGAACCACCCUCAGCCCCACCUGCUGGAGUCACCAGUGGGACACUAUGGACUGAGAAUUCUGAAGUCAAGACUUGCACAGAAUUACUAGUUCUUGGUGAAAGCCAAGGCACAUCUCUACAUGUGAGUUGCUCAAUAUCCCUUGAAGAGUACCAUAUUGGUAAAGAGACAUUGGUCAAAUACUUGCCUCAAUGUGGGCACUAUUUUCAUGCGGAAUGUAUAGAUCAGUGGCUACAAAAAAGUAAAACUUGUCCAGUUUGCAGAACUUCCCUUUCUAAUUUCAAAUAGUGAAAGGCUUUGAUUGUACUCUGUCAACAGCCAUUGUUUUAUUUGGCUUAUACAUAAAUAACAUCAGAGGA